AAAAGACUAUAUAGAAUUCGUCACUGAAUUCCCAUGUUUAUUGGGACACCCUGUAUAAUCUAAGGGUUUUCAUGUUAAUACAACUACAAACUUCUCUUCUUUGUACGUUAUAAAUAAACAAACCAACAAAAAGCUAAAAAAAUUGAGGAUUUCUCUAUUUUUUGUAAAACAUUUUUUGGUAAGAAAAUUUUCCAUCCUUUACAAGGGAUUCACGUCACCAUAUAUUCAAUUUCUAUAUAUGCUACAUUGGAUAUUUCAGAAAUAUGCCUUUUUAGCUCAGCCAAUUUAACGAUGUUGUUUUAAAUGUUUUUUCUGAUUUCAAUGUUAGUAGAUUAAAUACUAAUGUUCUAUGCUCGGAUGAGAAAGCUACUAUCUACAUGUAGGUUUUAAGCCCUUUUCCAUUAACUUUUUCUAUAAAUAUGAACAUCUUUUUUUGAACAAUAGGAGGAAUCAGUUACAGAAGACAUAGAAGCGUUGAUAAUUUUCUCCUUCCUUAUACCAGGUGUUGCAUUUGUCACCAACAAAAAGCUCCGAAACUACCUAAGAAGAGGAUUUCAAACCUACAACCUAAUAAUUGACAUCUAUGGACACUGGAGGGUUUGCGGGUCUGACCACAAAGCAGUUUAUCCAAUGGUAAGGCCCAGUGAUGCAGUUCAACAAAUCCUCAGAUCUGAUCAAAGACGGAAAAUUCCAAGAUCUGCAAUAACCCCUGCAGGGAACAGAGCUCCAAAUAUCACAUUUGGAAACACUUCACCAAACAUUAGAAUUGGUAAGACUCCAUCAAAUCUGAACACACUGAGUGGAAAUAGUCUCAUGGUUGAAUCUGAGUAUUUUUCACUCAACACAAGAUAUGAUAUUCCCCUCACCACAAGAUCUCUCAGUAUCUGUUCUGAAGAUAUUUCACCAACCAAAAUAUCUCCUAGUAUUCAGUCCGGAGAUAUUCCACAAACCAAAAUAUCUCCUAUUAUCCUGUCCGGAGAUAUUCCACCAACCAAAAGAUCUCUCAGCAUACUGUCUGUAGAUGUUCUGCCAGACAGAAGAUCACCUAGUAUUGGAUCUGUAGAUGCUCCACCAUCCAGAAGAUCUCCAAGCAUCUGGCCUGAAUAUAUUCUUCCUUAUAAUAGCUCUCCCAGUAUCAGGUCUGUAGAUAUUCUUCCUUAUAAUAGCUCUCCAAGUAUCCGGUCUGUAGAUGUUCCACCAACCAGAAGAUCUCCCAGCAUCUGGUCUGAAGAUAUUCUUCCUUAUAAUAGCUCUCCCAGUAUCAGGUCUGGAGAUAUUACACCAAUAAGAACAUUUCCCAAUACUCUGCCAAGUCAUAGAUCCCUUAGAAUUCCCACAUGUACAAUAUCUCUUAGAAGUCCAAAUUCUGAAGCCACUUCAGAAAAUACUACAGCAAACCCUUCUGUACUUCCUGCCGUGUUUGUGACCCUUCCACUGAGAGUAAAUUCCCCAGCCCCCCAGAGCAAAAGCUUCAAAGAUUCAGCAUCAAAUGGCCAGAGAGAAAUAUCUACAAACACACCAAACAGAAGAUCUGCAUUCCCCAAUGUAGAAUCUAGUAGUACUUCCAAAGAUGCAAGCACUGAAAAUAUUCUACUGAGUCUGCUAUCUCAAAAAGCAUCAAAAGUUUCCAAACCGCCUGCUACCAAAAAUUCUUUAAAUAAAUUGGAAGAUUGUGAACAGAAUAACUCAGGAACAGAGAGAAGAUCUCCAAGUGCAAAUUCAGUCAGAUACAUUUCCCAAAUACUAGUUCAAACAGGAGCUUUACCAGCAAUCAAAAGUUCUGACGGAAUGAAAACACAAACAUUUGAUAACAAUAUUCCAGGACAGAUAUUUUACAACUCAGAUAGUGAGCAUUGAGUCUCGGGAUCAAGAGCUUUUACCUGAAGAAUUGAGAAAAAGUAUAACGGUUAAACAUUUAGAAGAGAUGCUACAUUGAAUAUUUCAGAAAUAUGCCUUGGGAGAUCAGCCAAUUUAACGAUGUUGUUUCAAAUAUUUUGUCUGAUUUCAAUGUUAGUAGAUAAAAUACUUAUGUUCUAUGCUCGGAUGAGUGAGCUACUAUCUACAUGUAGGUUCUAAGCCCUUUUCCAUUGAAUUGCUACGACUGUCUCUCAACAUUUUACUGGUCAAAACUUUAGUUGGAGCUCUGCCCUUCAAUGUCGGACCAUGGCAUAGUAGUAGGGUUUCAAAAUUUAAGUUUAAUCGCUUAAUUUCACAAAAUUUUCAUUCCGCCAACAAAAAAAUGAGAUCAAAAACAAAAGUGUUGAUCACUUUCUUGCAAAUUUUCAUUGAAACUGUUCAGAAUAAUAGUAUACCUAAAAUUAC